AUGGCCGUCUAUGCCCUCACAGGCUUCUCGCUCGUCAGCCUGCUCAGCUUCGGCUAUUUGUCCUGGGACUGGAUGAAGCCCAGUUUGGUGGCCGAUGUGGCCAUGGACCCCAUGGAGAAAUCGCUGCGUCCUGCCUUCGCCAGGCCACCCCACAUCAUCUUCAUUCUGACCGAUGACCAGGGUUACCACGACGUUGGGUAUCAUGGCUCAGAUAUCCAGACGCCAACUCUGGACAGGCUGGCAGCGGAGGGCGUUAAGCUCGAGAACUACUACAUCCAGCCCAUCUGCACCCCGUCCCGGAGCCAGCUGAUAACUGGCAGGUACCAGAUCCACACAGGGCUGCAGCAUUCCAUCAUCCGCCCUCGGCAGCCCAACUGCCUGCCCCUUGACCAGGUCACCCUGCCCCAGAAGCUGCAGGAAGCCGGCUACUCCACGCACAUGGUGGGCAAAUGGCACCUUGGCUUUUACAAGAAGGAGUGCCUGCCCACCCGUCGGGGCUUUGACACCUUCCUGGGCUCCCUGACAGGCAACGUGGACUACUACACCUAUGACAACUGCGACGGGCCAGGCGUGUGCGGCUAUGACCUGCACGAAGGGGAGGAUGUGGCUUGGGACCAGAGCGGGAAGUACUCCACCUUCCUCUACGCCCAGCGCGUUAGCAAGAUCCUGGCGUCCCGCAGCCCCAAGGAGCCCAUCUUCAUCUACGUGGCCUUCCAGGCGGUCCACACGCCUCUGCAGUCACCCAAGGAGUACAUCUACCGCUACCGCUCCAUGGGCAACGUUGCUCGCCGCAAGUACGCUGCCAUGGUGACGUGCAUGGACGAAGCGGUGAAGAACAUCACCUGGGCCCUCAAGAAGUAUGGUUAUUAUGACAACAGCGUGAUCGUGUUCUCCACUGACAACGGCGGGCAGACCUUCUCCGGGGGAAGCAACUGGCCGCUACGGGGCCGCAAAGGGACAUACUGGGAAGGGGGAGUCCGUGGCAUCGGUUUUGUCCACAGUCCCCUGAUCAAGCGCAAGCGCCGGACCAGCUGGGCACUGGUUCACAUCACAGACUGGUACCCAACUCUGGUCAGCCUGGCCAGGGGCAACCUGAGCAAUGUCCCAGGCUUGGAUGGCUACAACGUCUGGCCUGCCAUCAGUGAGGGCAAGGAGUCGCCACGAACCGAAAUCCUGCACAACAUCGACCCCCUGUACAACCACGCCAAGUACGGCUCCUUGGAGGAUGGCUUCGGCAUCUGGAACACAGCUGUGCAAGCCUCCAUCCGGGUUGGGGAGUGGAAGCUCCUCACCGGCGACCCAGGGUACAGUGACUGGAUCCCCCCGCAGACCCUGACCAACUUCCCAGGGAGCUGGUGGAACCUGGAGCGUCUCACCGACGGCCUGAGGAAGUCUGUGUGGCUCUUCAACAUCACCGCUGACCCCUACGAGCGCUACGACCUCUCGGACCAGCGCCCAGAUGUGGUCAGGACCCUCCUGAUGAGAUUGGUGCACUACAACCGGACAGCCAUCCCAGUGCGGUACCCUGCAGAGAACCCCCGGGCUCAUCCGGACUUCAAUGGCGGUGCCUGGGGACCUUGGGCCAGCGAGGAUGAUGGGGAGGAGUGGGAAGGCGGCGGGGAGCCCCUGAAAAGUAGGAACAAGAAGAAGAAGAAGUGCAAGAUCUGCAAGUUGCGCUCAUUCUUCCGCAAGCUGAACACCAGGCUCAUGUCCAACCGCAUCUGA